CAAAAACCUAUCACGGGGCCGCCAUGCCCGGCGUGAACGGCGUCCUCGCGAAGAUCGGCGCCGCCGUGGUGCUCAAGCUCCUCUGCGGCGGCGACGACGUCGUCUGGCUCGCUCCCUUCCUCGCCCGCGAGAGCAAGUGGGGCAAGUGCGUCGUCGCCCAAAAGUACCUCGCCGUCGUCGCCGUGCUCUGCUCCCUCGCCGUGGGCCUCGCGACGACCGUCCACUUCGCGACGCACGCGUCGGCCGGCGGGAAGGAGGAGCGCGUCGUCGACAAGGCCGUCGCGUGCUUCGCGGGCGCGCUGCUCCUCGCCUACGCGGCGCACCUCGCCGUCGAGGAGGGCCGCUGCGCCGGCGCCCGGGCCGUCGCCCCCGAGAAGGAAGAGGAAGUUGAGUCGCUGCUGCGCCGCGAGAAGCGCGACGCCGCGUACGGCUCGGCGACGUUCGAGGAGAGCGACGAGGAGUACGAGGAGGACCUGAACUGCUGCGAGGACGCCGUGCGGCUCUGCCUCGAGAGCGGGCUGCGCGUCGACGAGGACCCCGAGGCCGACGCGGCGCGGAAGCGCUUCAUCAUCGUCGCGGCGCUCGGCAACCUCGACGACCUGAUCGUCUAUUUUACGAUCGCGCUGACCUGCACGCUCCGCUGGUACGAGCUCGUCCUCGGCACGGUGAUCGGCGCCGCGUUCCUCGUCACCGCGGUGUCGACGUGCCUCCAGAACUCGCACCGCGCGACGGCGUGCGUCUCCGAGAUCCCCGUGUCCUUCAUCCUCACGGCCCUCGCGACCUACAUCAUCAUCUCCGCGUUCGUGCCCGCGAUCUCGCCCAAGACCCUGGACUCCAACGCGUGAGUUCCGUAGGCGGGUCCCCACAUAGUAAAAGUUAAUUGAG